AUGAGCAGCAAUCUGAGAGCUUUGAACGCGUACAGACAUGGUCUGAGGGCCACCAGAGUGGUUUUCCAAGACGACACAAGAAUGCUCUUGGCAGCUAGACAGAAAAUGAGAGACGGGAUGACCAACCCACCCAACCCAGAGCUUCCGAUUGACAAGCAGAUUGAGCAUUUGGAGGAAAUAGCACGGUUCCUGAGGCAGAACUUGGUCCAGGGGACCAAGACCGGCCCGGAGGAGAAAUAUCAUCUCAACAUUCACAGGGAAACGGAACUGGGAGACAACGAAUCGAUUAAGCAGACUAAGCAAACUCUGGCAUCGCAAGGGGGCGGAUGCUGUGGUGGCGGCAAGAAUCUGUAUAAGUGA